UACCUUACAUUCCUUCCAAUACCAAGCUGGCCAGCGUCUGUCCUUGUGUGACAGGCGUGGCCCAAGCGAAUAACACGGUUAUCAUGCAUGUUAUACUUAUUUUUUUAACCGUCAGUAGAGGCGUCAGGUAUGCUGUGUCAAGUUUGCGAAAGUGUACAAAUCGGGAUUUCAAAACAAGGGCAUGCGAGGUGCCAUUGCCGGAUAAACUUUAUGAAGCUAGUAUGGUGAAAGAGGAGCUUCGCCUGGGUGAGUGCAGUUCUCAUCCUGCAAGCAGCAAGAAUGCCAAAGACAUAAGCAACAGCUCGACUCUGAGGGCAAUGAGAGAGACCAAGGACUCUGACGACUGCAGUGAGCCUGGCUCCCGUUGCAGCUCGGAAAAAGACUCUGGGUACUCCGACAACGGCUCUGACUGGCACCAGACCAAUGUGACUCAGCAGCGGAAUAAAGGUCAGACGAGAGAGGGCGUUGAUGUGACGGAGUCUGGCCAAAGCCAAGAUGGUGGGAAAGGAAAACCUGGUAAUCCUAAACGGAUGCCAGGAGGCCAAACAAUUCAGCCCAUCUACAUCCUCAACAACAUAGCACUCACGCAGCCAGAAACCAUCCAAAAAAGUGGGCAGCUUCUGUGGACAAAUGGCAGCAGCGAAGCCACUGCUUCUGGUAGCACCCACAUGAUCCUUUUCCAGCAGCCCAGCUUUAUGCCCGCCGCCACCCUCCAGCUUCACAAGCCCUCCUCUCUGAAGAACAGUACCACAGGGAAGAAAGUAACCACCUACUUACCCAUUCUCAACUCCUACCCCCGCAUUGCACCACAUCCGAGCAAAAAGCCUCCCGAUAAAUCCUUUUUGAGCGAUGAGGCGUGGAUUUUGAGCAAGAGGGUAUGCACAGAAUACAAAGGAGAUCUCAAACCUGUGGCCAGGAGUCAGGAGCUGGCAGUCUUCACCUUGGAGCAGUCCACUUCCUCUGCAUCCUCCUCCAGUCCCACUCAGGAAACCCCUAAUUCGGCACCCUGCAGUGCGUCCACCUCAGUGCUCACAAGCAAGGGGUCUCAGAGGAGCAGCAACACCCGCCACCGCCGCUUCCUCAACACUGCCGAGAUCCUGCGCCAGUCUGGCCUGCUGGACAUCACGCUGCGCACCAAAGAGCUCCUGCGCCAGAGCAACACCACCGAACGAGAGAUCGCCGAGCUGCGCCAGCACACCGAGCUGCUCUGCCAGGCUUCAAGUAGUGGCCUGAGCGGUGGUGCCGCCUGGCAGAAUGUGCACAGGACCAUGGCCGAGUCCAACUACUACCCAGAUCUGAAAAACCUGAAGUAUUUACAAUCGCUGUCUCACCUGGAAUCAGCUGGCCAGUCGGCCGGUGCUGGAAAAGAGGCUGCGCAGAGCUCAGACUCGACACCGAAACAGAACCAUGCGUGCGCAGAACCGCACAAAGAGUUGACGUCAAGUGAUACUUACCCCGAGGAGGUUGCCUUCAUGCCUCCUGAUAGCUCCACUGGUUAGUGUGAGGUGUAGUGCCUUAGAAGAGAGAGCCACACUCGGGUCCAAGGCUGGACCUGAAAACCAGGCGCUCCUUUCAGGAUUGCGCGUGUGGUGUGUUCAACCCUUUAGUGAAAAUCCAGCAAUAACUCAAUUUUAAAGAAACUUAAACCAGCUUUUUAAUGCAUUGAGAAUUGCGCUCCAUGUUCAAUUCUAGGAGCACAAUGGUCCAUCUCGAUAGGGGGUCCUCUGUUUAUGCCCGAAUUUGUACACAAGUUGGAACACACCAUAGUCAAUCACUAACCUACACUAAUGCAGUAAUAAAGUAAAGUAAAUAUUCGGUGAAAAACACUUCUCGGCCAUAAUUAUAAAACAAUUAAAUUAUAAGUAGGCCUACUGAGGUAACAAGAGUGCUGCCUUGUGCUGAAUGAGAACCAUUGCUUACGCUGCUGCGCGAACUCGUUCAAGAUGCCCUUUGUAACCACAAUGUCGGUACGCCGAGGACCCCCUCCAGUUGCAUCAUCGUCAUUGCAUCAUUCUGUGGACAACAAUCGAGAGGAACUCAAGUCACAUCCAACUGUCAAACAAGACUGAGAGAGCUGAUUUAUCAGACCAAUAUUCCGUAUUUCCCUCUAAUAGUGGCCCCUAGUCUAAUACAGGCCGUGUUUCAAAAUAUCAACAAAUCCCUCCGUUUUUCUAUCAGGGAAAAAAAAGGUCAGUAAUUUACAACUUACACACGGGAAUUAAAUCGUUAACUGCUGAGCCCAUUUGACCUCAAAUGCUAACCCAAAAAGCAUCUCCUACUGGGACACGUAAAAAAUCUCUCAGAUUUGAAUUAAGUGUGGAGUCAUAAACAAGUUCCCCUGUGCAGUAUUUUCUCAAAUAAUGGCGACCUAUCUAAUAAAUAACGUGACCCAAGUAUAGUCACCAGUGUCAUGACAUCUACUUAAAGGGGGAGUUUGAAGAGUUGGAACUGGUGGCAAGAUUUGAACGUAGCCUCACUUCACUGCUACCUCCCUCCUCUCGAGACCAAAGCCAUGCCCCUCAGUAACGUUCACGAGCAUGAUUCUCAAAUUCAUAGAGAAUGCAGAGCCAGCUCCAACAAAAUAGUAGCGCUAGCAAUACUAAGCUGGCAUUAGCACUGUCAACAAGUCAGCGAUAGCCACAGCUGCUACGUUGGCAGCAGGACUUAACGUGAUGGAGUGUUACUAUAUCACUGAAUGUUAUCAGUUUCAAGUUUUAUGUUUUGGAAUGUACUGUGCCGUGAAAAAGUAUUGGUCCUGUUCUCAAAUUCUUAUAUUUUUGCAUAGUUUCCCCACUUUGGUUAAGAUCAUCAAACAAAUGUAAAUAUCGGACAAAUACAAUCUAAGUGAACUUAAAAUACUGUUUUUAAAUGGUGAUUUCAUUUAUUAAGGGGGAAAAAACAAUUCAAAGUUACCUGGUCCUGUGUGAAAAAGUAAUUAAUUUCUGUGAUUGAUGUAACAAUGAAUUCUGCUCUACAACAGAAAAUCCGGAAGAAGAAUGUUCAGCCAUCAGUUUCUGCAGCAGGAUAACAAGCCAAAACACACCAGCAAGUCAACUUCUGAAUGGCUUAAUAAAUAAAUAAAUAAUUGUUUUUGAGUGGCUUGCCGAAGUCCAGGCUUUAAUGUGAUUAAAAUGCAGUGGCGUGACCCUAAAAGGCCCGUUCAUGCUAAAAAAAAAACCUAUUUUGGGUGAAUUAAAACAAUUCUGCAAGGAAGAGUGGGCCAAAAUAUCUCCACAGAUGUGAAAGACUUCAUUCUGACUAACUUAUAGAAAACGUUUGAUUUCAGUUGUUGCUGAUUAGGAUGGUCCAACCAGUUAUUAGGUUUAGGGGGCCAUUACUUUUUCACACAGGGCUAGGUAACUGAAUUUGUUUUUUUCCUUAAUAAAUGAAAUCCCCAUGUAAAAACUGCAUUGUAAGUUCACUUGGGUUAUAUUUGUCAGAUAUUUACAUUUGUUUUGAUGAUCUUAAACAUUAAAGUGGGCAAACUGCGAAAAUAUUAAGCAUUUGAGAAGGGAGCAAAUACUUUUUUAUGGCACUGUAGAAUCAAUCAAUUCAAAACCAAAAUGAGGUGAUAAACCUACCUGUCGAGCAGAAAUGUUACUAACUCCACAUUGCUUCUCAAUCUUCUCAGCUGCCUUAGGUCCCUCCAGCUCUGAAGGGCAACUCCUCUGAUCACCUUUGGUUAAAUUUUUUUGGAUUUUCCGGAGGUGACUAGUCUGCCAUAGUUUCAGCCAACCUCUUAAAUUCUAAGGUAAAAAGUCAGCACAAGGCAACGGUGAUGUUCUCACUGUGAGUGCAUGAUAAAUGAUUGACACCUCAUGAGGCACGCCUUCUGUCUCUAAUUGGUGUUUUUUUUCUCAGCACGGUGGUUUCUUGCAAAUAAAAUUAGAGGCACACGAUGCAGCCAGAGGGCUGUUAAAAAAAAACAAAAAAACACAUUUCAACAUAAUUUUACUCAUGUCGGCAAGGCAGCAUCCACAAUUAGCGCUCCAGUCGACUGAUGUGAUUGCUCCACAAUGUUUUGUAGGUCCAUGUUUGUGUUCCAGGGAGCUAUGUGACUUAUUAGUUCUGCUCAGUCUGCCUUAAUAUUAUUUUGUGGCACCUUGGCAACCCUGACCUGCAAUUGAGAAAAUAAACCCCUGGCCACUGUUACAACUAAGCACAGUAAAAUGGUGCAAGAUGAUAGCUGUCCCACUGACAGGGACAGACGACCAGCAGUAGAAUUGAGCCCUGAAAACCAAUCUCUUUGUGUCAUAGAGAAGAUCACCUAUUGCCCUACAUGCCUUUCUAUCCAAAUAUUGAAACAAUGCCUUAAAAACAUCACACUCCACAAGUUCAACACCCAUCUUUUCUUCUGAUACAACAGUUUUGUUUGCGUUUUCAUUCAGCAGGAAUCCUAAUUGGAAAGUCCGACUUAAUUUAAAAACACUAAACAUCCCCCCCCCCCCCCCCCCCCCCCCCACUGUGCGCACACACAUGCUUUUAAUUAUUUGUGCACUUCCAGCAUUGAAUUGUUCAUACAACUUUUUAAUAAAUGUAAGGUAAAACAGCCAUUUUCAGUGUAUUUUGUAUGAAAAUGAUUGUAGUAAUGUGCCCAAAGCAAAACUAUCUAGUGUAGUACAGAGCACAAUUGUCUCCUUUAUAUAAUGGGAAUAUUUUUAUUUUGUUAUUUUUUUAAAUGGGAGGAACCGUGUCAACCAUUUUAGUAAAAUUUAUUUGAGAAGAUUUCUAAACAAUGGAGUGGGAUACCUUCAUGUACAUAACUGUAACUAUUGGCGUGUUCAAGAUCAGUUCAUUUGUUGUAGUUUUUGCUAUUUCAGAAUCAUUCGAGAUCCUCUUCAGUGAUGUGUUGGAGCACUGUGUCUGUCUUUAGAGUCAGUGAACAGUCAGGCGGCGUGGGCCAGCACAGGCGAUGGAGACGCUAACAGAUGGAUACAAACAACACUGGUGUACUGAAAUAUGCCAAAAACCUAUAUACAACGAACAGUUGAGAAUAUUGUUCUCUUUUUGAAUUCAUAGAACACAUUGUCACUUGGCUCACCUGACUCAGUGUUCCAGUAGUGGUGCUCAGCUUGUACAGCGCCAAGCCGUGCACCAGCAGGAUGGAGGAGAGGGCCAUCAUCCACCCCAGCACGUAGGCCCAGGUGGGGUACACGUACCAGCAGUUGAAUGUCAUUGUCAAAUAGAGAAUAUAUAAAAGAGCCCUGAGGGGAAAAAAAUUCAUAUUGAUACAUUGAGACAAUUCUCGUCUUUUUGGCUGUAAACACCACCACAAUCACUAGUUGGAAUGAAACAAACAAUGUGCCUUAACUGCAGACUUUCAGCUUUAAUUUGAGGGUAUUUACAUCCAAAUCAGGUUAACGGUGUAGUUAGUUUGUAUAUAUGCCCCCCACUUUGUAAGGGACCAGAAGUAAUGGGACCAAUUAGUAAUUACAAAUCAAUAUUUGGUUGCUUUACAGUCAA